GCCCCGCCCGCCAGACGCCACAUCCUGCAGGUGCCGCGGGGCGGCCAUCGCGGAGGGGCCGCUGCCGGCGCGAAGAAAAGAGUGUUAGUAACACCGCGCUCAGCCAAGAUGGGGCAAUACCUAAAGCAGCUGUGAGGAGUSUGAUCGUGUGCCUUACUGCCUUGCGCUGGAGUCAGCAGAGGAAGAUGUGUGUUUUUAUCMUUGGGCAACGCCGAUCUAACUACUGAACAGAGCGAUGUGCUGAAGUUGGAGAUCCUGACAAAAUGGGAGCACUUGUGUUCUCUGCGAUUUGCAGUUUACUUCUAGCUCUGGUGCAGGGRCACAGCUUAUUCACGUGUGAGCCAAUUACUAUUUCCAGAUGUUCAGGAAUGCCUUACAAUAUGACUUUUUUUCCAAACAUCAUGGGACACUAUGAUCAGGACACGGCUGCUCGCAAAAUGGACCCUUUUCUUAUUCUUAUGAAUCUUCACUGUUCACCAGACGUCCACACAUUUCUGUGCAGAGCCUUUGUCCCUGCCUGCCUGGAUCAGAUUCACGUGAUUCACCCGUGUCGAAGCCUCUGUGAGAAAGUGUAUUCUGAYUGUAAGCAGGUGAUGGACACUUUUGGAAUUGCAUGGCCUGAAGAGCUGGAAUGUAACAGACUAAUCAAUUGUGAUGAGACUGUUCCUGCCACUGCUGCUGUAACCACAAAUGUACAUGGAACUCAGAAGACCCCAAGCCAGAUCCGAAGRGAUUAUGGAUUCUGGUGUCCCCGACACCUACACACUACCAAUGGACAAGGCUACAAGUUUCUGGGAAUUGAUCAGUGUGCACCCCCAUGUCCCAAUAUGUACUUCAAAAAUUAUGAAUUGGAUGUGGCAAAAAGCUUCAUUGGAAUAGUUUCAAUCUUUUGUCUUUGUGCUACGCUUUUCACAUUCCUGACUUUUCUGAUUGAUGUUAAAAGGUUUAGGUACCCAGAGAGACCAAUCAUAUAUUAUUCUGUCUGUUACAGCAUAGUCUCUUUAAUGUACUUUAUUGGAUUUUUACUUGGGAACAGAACUGCCUGUAAUGAGGCAGAUGAGAAGCUAGAAAUUGGUGAAACGGUUGUUCUUGGCUCCCAAAACAAAGCCUGUACUGUSCUCUUCAUGGUUUUGUACUUUUUCACUAUGGCAGGAACCAUAUGGUGGGUGAUUCUGACAAUCACUUGGUUCCUUGCAGCGGGAAGRAAAUGGAGUUGUGAAGCUAUUGCACAAAAGGCCAUGUGGUUCCAUGCAGUUGCCUGGGGAAUACCUGGUUUUCUAACCAUUAUGCUCCUCGCAAUGAACAAAGUUGAAGGGGACAAUAUCAGUGGAGUUUGUUUUGUGGGUCUCUAUGACCUGGAUGCCUCUUUGUACUUYGUGCUUUUGCCGUUGUGCCUUUGUGUGUUUUUCGGUCUGUCUCUCCUUUUAGCUGGGAUUAUUUCUCUGAACCACGUGCGGCAGGUCAUUCAGCACGAUGGCAGAAACCAGGAGAAGCUCAAGAAAUUCAUGAUCCGAAUUGGAGUCUUUAGUGGUCUGUACUUGGUGCCACUUGUAGCACUUCUUGGGUGUUAUGUUUAUGAGCUGGUGAACCGGAAAAUCUGGGAAACUACAUGGGUGUUUGACCACUGUGACCAGUACCAUAUUCCUUGUCCUUAUCAGGCAAAGGCACUAGCAAGACCAGAAAUAUUUUUGUUUCUGAUGAAAUACUUGCUAACAUUAAUUGUUGGCAUAUCUCCAGUGUUCUGGGUGGGAAGUAAGAAGACCUGUUCUGAAUGGGCCAAUUUCUUCAACAGAAACCGCAAAAGAGAUCCAAUCAGUGAGAGUCGAAGAGUGCUGCAAGAAUCAUGUGAAUUUUUCUUGAGGCACAAUUCCAAAGUUAAGCAUAAAAAGAAGCACUACAAGUCAACUUCACACAGACUGAAAGUAAUUUCAAAGUCAAUGGGGACCAGUACAGGUGGCACAACAAAUCAUGGAACUUCUGCAGUAGCAAUCACUAAUCAUGAUUACUUAAGCCAGGAAACUGUGGCAGAAAUUAAAACYUCUCCAGAGACAUCUGAGAAGGAGAUAGAUGCAGAAGGAGCAUCAGCCAGAAGAGUUGAGGAARGUGAAAACAGUGGAGAUCAAAUGUUAUCUGGUUCUAAAUUGACCGUGGAUCAGGUGGAAAGGAGAAACAAAGUUGAUAGCACAUGUCAURUGGGUAGCUUGACUGAGAGCAUGAAGAGAGUAGGUGAAGGAAGAAUAACUCCUAAAAAUGGUUUUAGUGAAUCUCCUUCACUACAAAGGAGCUGUUCCCAAAUACCUGAUGUCUCACAGUCACCUUCCGUAUCACUACUUGUCUACUCAGCGUCAGACACCAGAAGAGAGUUGGAUUCAGGAAACAGUUCUAAUCCUUGAAAGAUUGAAAUUUUGUAUGAACAUUUGCAUUCUAUAAAACUGACAUGAAUUCUUUGUUACAUUGGAAGUAAUGGAUAUUCUGUGCCUUAUUAAAAAACACACAUAUCCUGCAUUGCACUUAAAAAAUGUAUGUUUUGUUGUGGGGACAGCUAGCAAUAAUGUACUGUAUUUAAUCCUCUCCAGGACUAAUGGAAAUUGAAGUUCUAUAGGACAUGGCAAUAAUGUAAGAAAAAUAUGAGAGACAAAUAUUGUUCCUURUGUAAAGAAUACUUUGUAACGAAUUGCAUUAAAAUAAUGCUUAGAAAGCACUGUUACUUCUAAAGGUAUAAAAUUCCAUCUGCCUCUUCAAUAUUUUUCAAAAUAUGUUAAUUCUUUCUCUUUUUUACUGUCUCUUAAACAAUAGUAUCACUUCAAUAAGGGAUACACAAAUUUCUAAAUACUCUCUAAAUUAUGUAUCAUGCUGUAUCAGUUAUAGCACUGGUUUAUGGUAGCUUGUACACUGAAUAUGAAAGGAAAUCUGAAAUUAUAGAAAUUUAUUUUGUACAUAAAAAUGAACUUUGUAAAUAAGUGACUGCAUCAGGUCAAUCUUUAGAACUACUGUUUUGUAGGUAUUGUAURAACUUAGAAGAGUUCAUGUGCUUCCAUUAGAGUGUUGCCAAAGCCGACACUCCCCUGGUGAUCAGCCAACGUGACUCAGUUCUGAGAAAUCAGGUUGUACCUUUAUCCAUAACAUGCACUGAUAUUUGGGGUGAGACGGGUCCUGCACAGGGRUGAUGCAGGAGGUGCAGCAGUGUCUCAGAAAAAUGCCUCUUGGAGCCUCUCCUGGCAUGGUGUUCCAGAGGCCAGGCCGAAGGAAACACCUCACACUCCUGGGCUUGGUGGGCAYAGUCUGACCUACAGGCUUUGGGACUUUGUCCUGAGCUGCAGCAAAAGCUCAUCUCACACUGUUCCUGUGCGAGUAACUUCAUUUUUUAAAUGCUAUAGAGAAAUAUCUUGCAGAUAACUGCUGCAAAUAACUUGAGUUAUUAAUAUGCAGGCUUCUUUAACAAUCUAUUUACUCAGAAGACAGCCUUAAUGCUUUUCCUACCAAGUCUAAUUUUGUAUUAUGCUACAGCAAUAUAUUUUCUYUAAACCAAAAAAGCCUUAAUACAUAUAGCCUUUCUUAUGAUAGGUGGUUCUCAAGGGCAGGUACUACUGAUAUGUAUAACAAUUUUAUUGUCUGACUUCAUUUGAGUCAAGAUUUUUUAAUAGCCAAUGGGUUUUAUGACUUGAGAUAAUUUGGAGACAGAACUUGCUGUUUUCUAAACCCAAAUAUUGGUGAAUUUUGUAAGACUGUCCAGCAUCUUGCAUUUGAUCACUAUUAAGAAUAUUUUUCAAUAUUUUGAUAUUACACAGAGAAUUUACUGUGUUUUAGUUUGGACAGUGUUCAUAGUGAUGCAUUGAACAAUGAAGAUUGCAUGAAACAAAGGACAUGUAAAUGCUGGAACAGCAGGAACUGUGGUUCUGAUAAACCAAGGUUAUUUGUUUUAUCCAUCAUGCAUUAAAAAUUAAAUUUCUUUAUAUUGCAGUGUCUGUAUUUUAGCUUUUGUAAUUUAUUGCCUUCAAUAGGAUAUGCUCUUUCUUUUGGAAUGUUUCCAUUAAAAGUACACAGAAUUCUUGUUGCUGAGAGGACAGUAAGAAAGAUAUGAAAAACCUCCUGUGAAAAGGCACACUAAAUACCAUAGAUUUUUCUAGUUCUGUUUGUAACCAGGUAUCUUUUUACACAUGUUCAGUCAUUUUGUUAUUACUGUAUUUGUUAGUAAUAAAAUAUACUGUUGUAUAUUAAAAGCUUCUGAGUGGAUAUUUCUUAGUAACUAGACAUGGCAUAUUUGUUGCUCUACUACUACAGUAGUACUUUUGCACCUAAAGCACAAAUAUUUCUUAGUAGGGCUGUGUGAAUUAAUAGGUAUUGCAAUGUUUUUAUUCUCCUGUGUGAGACAGAACAAUGCUGGGAAUUGUUCACAUGAGCACAGACUUAUGAAAGAAUAAGAAACUUGAACUAGCUCUUUCACCCUAAUAUUUACAGCAUUUUUUCUUUCACAACUUCUAGUGACCUCUUUUAGAUUAUGUAGAAUAUGUAUUUCCACAUUGCUCAUGCUGCCACCUUCUUAAAAUAUUGACUUUUAAUUUUUUAAUGUUAUUCCCUCUUUUUAGGAAGUUCUGCAAAAAUUGCUUUUGUGGCAACUGCUCUAAAAGGGAUAAAUACAAAGUAAUUUCAAAGUCAUAGCAAUACUGUGGGCUUARAAAUAGAUGAACUUUCAAAGAAGUGUGAAAUAUGAAGCAUAAUCAAAACAUUGACUGGCAGUGAAAUGCAUCAGUGGUAGAUUGAGACUGUAGCACUUUGUGUGUUCCAGGGCAGCUGUACCAGGAAAAACAGAUUCUGAAUUCCCAGGGUGAUCCUUACAGCCAAAGAGCUGUGACCUCUCUGGGUGCUUUAACAGUGAAGUACCCGAGCAGAGGUGGAAAGUGCUGUUUGAAUGCUCACAAAAGUGAUGAGGGCAAAGAAACCGAAAUAAAAGGGGCACAGAGCUGAAUCAGAGCCUGGAAGACUGACUGCGUUAYGGUGAGAGGCAGUGGAGAAUCUCACAAACAGCUUCUCUAACAAAAGGUAUUUAUUUAUUUGCUUUUCUCWUUACUUGAAUGAAGUUAAAACUCAAACCAUUCAUGUAAAAGGGCUUUUCUGAACCUGUGAGAAUUAUUUCUCCAUCAACUGAAGUUGUUUAAAGAAGGAUGGCAAUCUUCUGGAAGAGGUACUGUAAAUCAAACUACUUACAUUGACAGAGCCAUUUUAGUCUUGUUUGGUGCCACUGUUUGCAAGAAGUUAGUCUGUAGGAGACUGACAACUUCUCCAAACCUGGAAUUAUGUGUGUCAUAUAGUCUUCUUUCUCUGAAUGGAGCUGUCAUAAGUAAUUUCAAAUUAUGCAUUGCACUGAGUUUCCAGGUUGCAUAUAAAAUCUUUUAAAGGGCAAGAUAAAUUUAAAAUAUAAAAUCAUAUUUGAUUUGUGAAAUAAACAGGACCUUAAAUUACAAAUACGGUACUUUUAUGGUACAUGUAUUUUAUUCUGUCCCGUACUGUAUUUUACUAUUUUGCUAAAUGUGUUUUGUGAAAACCAGGGUAGACUUCACCUACAGUAUAAAUCUACGCACAUAUUUGAAAAAAUUAAUUGUCUAAGUUUGAAAAUAGAAAAAAAUGUUUGUAACAUUUAAAAAGUGUUAUUACCAGAGAARAAGAAAAAUACAUGCAGUACUUAAGACCUCUUUAAAUCCUUUUAACAAUUUAACAAUGGAGCACGAAAAAGCUGAAGUAUCACUAUUUUCUUUGACAACAGUUCAACUGAUUUACARAGAACUGUAUCUCCUUUUUCCUUACAGGAAAGAGAAUAUAUUUGGUUUAAACAGUGAAAUCUGCUUGAAAUUCAGAAGCAAAAUAGAAAAAAAAAWAAUAUGAAAAGUUGAACUUCUUUUGUAAGUUUAGCAUUCUGCAAAACACUGAAAAAUGCAGUAGCUGAAGAGGAUGAGGGAUCCUGUGAAGUCUGRCCACCCACUCUCAACGUGCUGUUUCAGAAGGCUGCACAUCAAAGGAGAAAUGCUGCAUCCUUCCCUUCACACUGGCCACUUGUUGGAUCAGUCUUUGAAGGCAUCUGGCUGCUCUCUGCCUGCAUUCGCUGGUAAAGCUCCCUGCCAGUACUAACCAUUACUGGUAUUUGUGGUAAUUGAGAUGGCCGGCACCACAGGCACUUCAGAGUCUCAUGAGAAUAAAUGUUAUUUCCUGCAUGUUACCUUUUUUUUGCACUGAUUCUUUCACUCUUUUACAGUUACCAUGCUUAUAUUUU